UUCUCAUAAUUCAGCUGAUUUUAACACAUUGACUUUUUCUCUCUCUAAAUAACACAACUUUCCUCCUCUCUCUCUCUCUAAGAAAAUCAUGCAGGUGGCAGUGGCAACUAAUGUUCAUUUUUUUCAGGCACGUCGAUCCAGUUUCAAGUACUGUAAUGGUUCAUCUCCAUUAAACCCUAUACCUAGAGCUACUGCUGUAAAUGUACAAUGUUUAAAAACAGUAGCAACACCACCAACUUCUACAACAGAGAUGACAAAAAAACAUCUUUCAAAUCUUGAAAUGCUUUUACAAAAGCAAUCUCAGCCACAUCCAAUGGAUUCAGCAGAGCCAAUUAUUCAAGAAAUAAAACAGAGGAAAACAGGGGAAAACAGGGGAAGGAAUAUGUUGGAAGGGCUAAAUUUGGCAAGAAUUUGGCCAGAAAUGAAAGCAGCUGAAGAAUAUUCUCCUAGGCAUUUGGUUAAAUUACACAGGAUGUUAUCAUCAAAAUCAAUGGAAUAUUCUCCUAGAAAUAAUCUUGGGACUAGGUGGAGAGAGUACCACGGGUGCAAAGAUUGGUUAGGACUUAUUGAUCCAUUGGAUGAGAAUCUCCGGCGAGAGUUAGUCCGAUAUGGUGAGUUUAUUCAAGCAGCUUACCAUUGUUUUCAUUCCAACCCCGCCACGUCAGAAAAAGAAAAUGCUGACGUGGCGAGGAACGUGUCGUUACCUGAUAGGUCUUACAAGGUGACUAAGAGCCUUUAUGCCACGUCAUCCGUUGGCCUGCCUAAAUGGGUGGAUGACGUGGCACCGGAUCUUGGGUGGAUGACCCAAAGGUCCAGUUGGAUCGGGUACGUCGCUGUGUGCGACGACAAAACCGAGAUCCAACGGAUGGGAAGGAGGGAUAUUGUCAUCGCGUUACGUGGUACUGCCACGUGUCUAGAAUGGGGCGAAAAUUUUCGCGACGUGCUAGUUCAAAUGCCAGGAAAAAAUGAUUCAGUUGAAGGACAACCAAAAGUAGAAUGUGGGUUUUUGAGCUUAUACCAAACAGGUGGAAAUAAAAUUCCAAGCUUAGCUGAAUCUGUGGUGAAUGAAGUGAAAAGACUCAUUGAAAUGUACAAAGGUGAGAGUCUAAGUAUAACAGUAACAGGACAUAGUCUUGGUGCUGCUUUAGCUUUAUUAGUAGCAGAUGAUGUUAGUACAUGUACACCAGAUUCACCACCAGUUGCUGUUUUUACAUUUGGAGGUCCUAGGGUAGGCAACAAAGGCUUUGCCAAUCGACUCGAAUCGAAAAAUGUUAAGGUCUUACGUAUCGUGAACAAACAAGAUGUGAUUACUAAAGUUCCAGGAAUGUUUGUGAGCGAAGCGCUUGACAAAAAACUAAGGGAAAAAGGCGCUGCGGGGGUGUUAAAUUUGCUUGACAAUAGUAUGCCAUGGGCAUAUUCACAUGUUGGUACUGAAUUAAGAGUUGACACAACGAAGUCUCCGUUUUUAAAACCAGAUGCAGAUGUCGCAUGUUGUCAUGAUUUGGAAGCAUAUUUGCAUUUGGUGGAUGGGUAUUUGGGAUCAAAUGAAUCAUUUAGACCAAAUGCAAAGAGAAGCCUUGUUAAGUUAUUGACUGAACAAAGGACUAAUAUCAAAAAAUUGUACAAUAGUAAGGGGAAAGAUUUGAGUAGUCUUAAUCUUAAUAGUGAAUUUAAUUUUCCUAGACCUAGUUGUUUGCCUAGUCCUAGUGUCUUGCCUAGUCCUUCAGCUUG